UUGAAAAGAACGAAAAGCUUGUUCACAAAAAGGGGGGAAAGCCGUGUGAAAAUAAGGAUGGUUAACUCUUUUGUCUGUCUGUCGAUUCUUCCCCUCAUUGUCUUUGUUGGAAGAGCAACUGUUUGUCUUUUUUAUAUCCUGUCAUUUGACCAGCAAGCUGGUGCAGCUGACAGCUAUUACUAUGAAUACAUCGAUGAAGAUGCACAGCCAAUGCAGGAUAAUACCAGAUAUGGCCUCCCUGACUGGUUUCAUGAAUACGUCACUUAUGAAGAAAAUCCAUGCCUGAAGAUGCCAUGCCAGAAUAACGGUGUAUGUGAAAGGAACAGAAACAGGCAUACAUGUCGCUGCCCCGAGCCAUAUGAAGGGUCUAAGUGUGAGAAUGUGAAAAACACAUGUGAAAGGAUCAACUGCAAUAGAGGAGAUUGUCUUAUAAGCUUAAGAGCUCCUUAUUAUCGAUGCCAUUGCAAACACCCCUACAAAGCACCAUUCUGUGACAAAGCACAGUCAUCUUGCCGACCAAAUCCUUGCAAAAAUGGGGGCAUCUGUCAACGGCAUCGGAUAAGGUCCAAGUUCAGCUGCAAGUGUCCUGAGCCAUUCAGAGGAAGGCUUUGUGAAAUAGGACCUGAUGACUGUUUUGAAGAAAAUGGCAUUUCAUACAGAGGAAAUGUCAGUCGAACAAUUCUCCAUAAGACCUGUCUUCACUGGAAUUCUCACCGUCUCCUGGAGUGGAAUUAUAAUGCAUUUAUUGAAGAUGCUGCCUCUUAUGGCCUUGGUGACCAUAACUUCUGCAGGAACCCAGAUGGUGACGAAAAGCCCUGGUGCUUUGUCAGUGUGAAUAACAAAUUGAAGUGGGACUUCUGUGAUGUAUCCGCGUGCUCAGAAACAGCACAGUCCUCUGGGAAUACAGUCACCAAGAAUUCUGCAGUGGAUAGCAGACCUAAUACAUGUGGAAGACCAGAGACAGAAAGACCAUUAAAGAGAAUCUAUGGUGGUGCCAAAUCAACUCCUGCGAAACAUCCAUGGCAAGCCUCUGUUCAGAGGAAGGUUUCAAGGGGCAUAUUUUUCCCCAAAGGACACUUCUGUGGAGGAGUACUGAUUGAACCAUGUUGGGUUCUUACUGCGGCACACUGUGUUUUGACAGAUGCCCACACCCUUGAAGUGUUCCUUGGGAAAAAAGAUCUCCGAAGGAAAGAGCAGUAUGAACAGAAGUUUGAUGUGGAAAAGAUAAUUAUACAUGGACACUAUGAAGAAAUUGAGGAUGUCCCAUACAAUGAUAUUGCUUUGUUGAAGUUGAAACCAAUUGAUGGCCACUGUGCAGUGGAAACAAGAUACGUCAAACGAGUGUGCUUGUCUGAUUCUACUUUUCCUGAUGACACAGAAUGCUAUAUAUCAGGUUGGGGAGAAACUGAAACAGGUGAAUCAUCUCAUCAGCUGUUAGAUGCCAGAGUAAAGCUGAUUUCCCAGGUGCGGUGUAACGCACGAAGUGCACAUAAUAACAGACUGGAUGAAAGCAUGCUUUGUGCAGGAAAUCUUCAGAGAACAAGCGCUGAUACUUGUCAGGGAGAUUCAGGAGGCCCUCUAACCUGCGUGAAAAAUGGCUCUUAUUAUGUCUAUGGAAUUGUGAGCUGGGGAGAACACUGUGGAUUAAGACAAAAACCUGGAGUCUAUACCCAUGUGAUAAGAUUUCUCAACUGGAUUCGUACAAAAAUUCAACGCGAGUCUAGCUUUGAUAUCUAGGAAAGCCCUUCGAAAAAUAAAUAAAGGAUCUCUGCUGCAUCAGGAUUGACUCUCACUUGUUGCGAUCCUUCUCCAGCUGCCUGUUCCUGCCAACCAAAAUAGAUACUGAAUGUGAGCUACAUAUGAAGACAAAUUUGCAGAUUUCCCAUUUAUUAAAAA